UACUCAUCAUCUAUAAUUGCCACCAAUUCAUGUCUUAUCGAUUCCAAUAAAAAGUUGGUUCCUUCAUCAUUACGAUGUUCCAUUGCAAAUCGGAUUUUUAAUUAAAAAUGUUGUUUCUAGUCGUAGCAGAAGAUUCAAACGAUAUGUUUUGGAAUAUAAAAAUUGUUUACCUAAACAAACAUUGUUGGCAUAGUUAUCACCUUGCCUACUUCAUAUAUUAGUUCGUUCAUAUGUAGGUAGUACGCUGCACGGCGAUAUGGUGGUGUUUUUUUAUCAGACUGUCUGUCGAUUAUUAUUUACUUUUUUCUCCAGAAAUAUGUAGCCAAUAAGAUUUCUGUGAAGCAUUGGGUACUGGCUAUUCGGUCAGUCUUGAUGGGUAUUAAUGUGUUUUUGUUUAUUUGUAGCUUCUGAACUAUCACGUCAACUUGAUAAUUGGCUGGGAGCCGCGACACUUUCACAUGGGCCGGCUAGGGCUAUAAUAGCCCCCCAUGCUGGAUAUACGUAUUGCGGUGCAUGCGGUGCUUUUGCAUAUCGACAAGUCAGUCCGGCUGUAGUUAAGCGCGUCUUUAUUUUGGGACCAUCACAUCACGUACGUCUUCGAGGCUGUGCCUUAUCAAUUGCUAAAAAGUAUGCAACCCCGCUUUAUGAUCUCAAAAUUGAUACAGACAUUAAUGCCGAAUUGGAAAAGACUGGUCACUUCUCCUGGAUGGAUAUGAAGACGGACGAGAAUGAGCACAGCAUCGAAAUGCAUCUACCUUAUAUUGCCAAAGUUAUGGAAGAUUUUAAAGAUCAAUUUACGAUUGUUCCAAUUUUGGUGGGCUCGCUAAAUCCAGACCAGGAGGCAUUGUACGGACGCUUACUGGCAAACUAUUUCACAGAUCCUCAAAAUUUAUUUGUCAUAUCUUCAGACUUCUGUCAUUGGGGUCAUCGUUUCAAUUACACCUACUAUGACAAAUCAUGUGGUCCAAUUUACAAAUCCAUUGAAAAGCUGGAUAAACAGGGAAUGGACAUCAUUGAAACCCUAAAACCGGAAACAUUCACUGCCUAUUUGCGGGAAUACAACAACACCAUUUGUGGACGCCAUCCCAUUGGCGUAAUGCUAAGUUCAGUAAAAGUUCUCCAAGAACAAGGAUACAAUAUGAGCUUUAAAUUUUUAAAAUACGAUCAAAGUAGCCAUUGUAAAGUAAUGGAUGAUUCGAGUGUUAGUUACGCUUCCGGUUCUUUAGUUUUUGAGUGCUAAAGAUAAUGCUAUAUAAAAGUAAUAUAUUUAAUCCAACAAGACAUUAAAAUAAACCGGCCAUUACGCUUUUAUUGUUCAAACCGUAAACAAUUAUAUAUUGUCUUCGAAAUAAGCAAAUUGUACAUAUUAUAAGCGUUUGGCUCUAAAUAAAAACAGCUUUAAAUCAA